AUGUCUUCCCCCUCCGAGGCUGCGCCUGUCACCGAACCCCAGGUCACGGCAGCUCCAGCUGCCCCAGCCUACAACCCGGCUCCCCAGUCAACGGUGGCGUCGGCUCCCUCUGCCUCCCUCUAUGUGGGCGAACUCGAUCCCACGGUCACUGAGGCCAUGCUCUUCGAAAUUUUCAACAUGAUUGGCCCAGUCGCAAGUAUUCGUGUCUGCCGCGAUGCAGUCACUCGUCGCUCCCUUGGGUAUGCGUAUGUCAACUACCUUAAUGCUGCCGAUGGCGAGCGUGCUUUGGAAACUUUGAACUAUUCGUUGAUCAAGAACCGCGCUUGCCGCAUCAUGUGGUCUCAGCGAGACCCCGCACUUCGCAAGACCGGCCAAGGCAACAUCUUCAUUAAAAACCUGGAUGAAGCAAUCGAUAACAAGGCUUUGCACGACACCUUCGCGGCUUUUGGAAAUGUGCUUUCCUGCAAAGUUGCGACUGACGAGCACGGAAUGUCUAAGGGCUAUGGUUUUGUGCACUACGAAACGGGCGAGGCAGCUGAAAGUGCUAUCAAGGCCGUCAAUGGUAUGCUUUUGAACGAUAAGAAAGUUUAUGUCGGUCACCACAUCUCUCGCAAGGAGCGCCAAUCCAAACUUGACGAGAUGAAAGCUCAAUUCACCAAUCUUUACAUCAAGAACUUGGAUCCCGAGUACACCCAGGAGGAGUUCGAGAAACUUUUCACCCAAUUCGGUGCCGUCACAUCUGCUAUUGUCCAACUUGACGAGGAGGGCAAAAGCAAAGGAUUCGGAUUUGUCAACUAUGAAUCCCAUGAGGCCGCCCAGCAGGCGGUUGACACUCUCAAUGACACUGAAAUCAACGGCCGCAAGCUUUACGUCGGGCGUGCGCAGAAGAAGGCAGAGCGCGAAGAGGAGCUUCGCAAAUCAUACGAACAGGCCAAGAUGGAGAAACUCAGCAAGUAUCAGGGCGUCAAUUUGUACAUCAAAAAUUUGGAGGACGACAUGGACGAUGACAAGCUCCGCAUUGAGUUUGAGCCUUUCGGGACUGUAACAAGCUGCAAGGUCAUGCGCGACGAGAAAGGCACCUCCAAGGGUUUCGGUUUCGUGUGCUUCUCCUCACCUGAUGAGGCCACGAAAGCCGUCGCGGAGAUGAACAACAAGAUGAUCGGCUCGAAACCACUCUAUGUGUCCCUUGCGCAACGUCGGGAAGUUCGUCGUCAACAGCUGGAGAGUCAGAUUGCGCAGCGCAACCAAAUUCGUAUGCAACAAGCCGCUGCUGCUGGACUGCCUGGCGGAUACAUGAAUGGACCGAUGUAUUACCCGCCUGGGCCCGGUUUCCCACCACAAGGCCGUGGCAUGAUGCCUUAUGGCCAACCAGGAAUGAUGCCCCCUCGUCCUCGCUACCCUCCCAACAACGGAGGUAUGCCCAUUCCCUCUCCCUACCAGCAAGGACCUCCUCAGGCCUAUGGUGGAAUGCCUGGAUUCCGUGGUCAACCACGUGCCCCAGCCGCCCGUAACCCUGGAUCGCCAACUUUGCCCAACGCCCAAAUUCCGCGUGCUGGUGGUCCUCCCCCCCCUAACGCUCAGCGCGGACCAGCGCCUCCCUCAGCACGUGCAGCACCAGCACCUGCAUCACGUGCACCUCCCGCUGGUCAGCCUGGCUAUAAGCUCAACCCGCAAGUCCGCAAUGGUGCCCCUCCUCCUCCUGCUGCUACCGAGGUCACCGCUGCCGCCCUUGCCAAUGCUUCUCCCAUGGAACAGAAACAGAUGCUUGGUGAGGUUAUCUACAUGAAGAUUGCCAGCUCGCAACCCGAGUUGGCUGGGAAGAUUACGGGCAUGCUCCUCGAGAUGGACAACAAUGAACUUCUCCAUCUCCUGGACUCGCCCGAUGCCAUGAAUGCCAAAGUUAACGAAGCACUCAUCGUGUUGCAGGAAUUCGUCAACAAGGAUGAGUGA